UCCCUAAACUAUUGGUGAAAUAGUGUAUAUUUUAUUAUAUAUUUGUUGUUUUAUUUAUUGUUGUACAUAAAAUAAUUUUAUUCCUAACUAACUGUUGUUUCUCACAGGCAUUAUGGGUAUCUGGAGGUGUGGCUUCCAGCCUUUCUGCUGCUGUUGCUGAUUGCACUUGUGAUGUCAUCAGUAAUAUGGAGAAAGAAACAUGCAGACAGAAAUGUCACACUCGGUGUAGACGCAAACAAAGAGGAAGCCUGUGAGACGUGUUCAGAAACUGCACGGAAUGAUGUGAGCUACAGCUCUGUCACAGUUAUACCUACAACUGAAGCGAGAAAUGAUUUGACCUACAGCCCUGUCACAGUUAAGACUAAAACUGAAGCAAGAAAUGAAGUGAUUUACAGCUCAGUCACAGUUAAGCCCAAAAUUAAAUUCAGUCCAGUAUUAGCAGAGGAUCAGGUGAUCUACAGUUCUGUGCACAAAUAGAAGAGAAGUUACAGGUUUGCUGAAGUCAAUAAUGACAGGAUGAUUUACACAAACGCUGAACACGGAACUUGUUUUUAUCUCAUUCUUUUAUUUCUUCAUCACAGGUGCUUGAAUACCUUAGGAAAAAAAAUUGGACAGCACUGAAGUUAAACAAAUAUAAUAGUUUUGAUUGCCACAAACAAUCUUGAAUGAUAUUAAAAUCAACAAAUUAAAUUCAUAAUUCUUUUUGUGUGAUAUUCUUGUAUUUUGCAUUAUAGUUUCUUCAGAAGUGUACAAAGGAAGCUGUUUACUCUGUAAAUAAACUUCUGUUUUAACAUUUGACUGGAAAAAGUAUGUUAAUUGUUGACUGCAAAAUGUGUAAAACAGUAGUAAUGUGCUUGUUUUUAUGUGUAACAAUACAUUUUGAAAAUCUCUGGCAAAAAUAUAUAAUAUUUUUGGGUCUUAAACGUUUGCAAAUGUUUCAUUCAUUAAUCUUCCUUCUGCUUAGUCC